GGACCGGGCCGCGGCGCAGCGCUCACCGCUCUCUCCCGCAGACAUGGCGAUCCGCUACCCUAUGGCCGUCGGCCUCAACAAGGGCUACAAGGUGACGAAGAACGUAUCCAAGCCCAGGCACUGCCGCCGCCGAGGGCGCCUGACCAAACACACCAAGUUUGUGCGAGACAUGAUCAGGGAGGUCUGUGGCUUCGCGCCCUACGAACGACGUGCUAUGGAACUGCUGAAAGUUUCCAAAGAUAAACGUGCUCUGAAGUUCAUCAAGAAACGGGUUGGCACUCACAUUCGGGCCAAGCGAAAGCGGGAAGAACUCAGCAAUGUCCUGGCAGCCAUGAGGAAAGCUGCUGCAAAGAAGGAUUGAGUUGUACAGCUGGAGCUCAAUAAAGCCCUUUCUCACAAAAGCA